GCGCGACGCCUGGCUGCCUCUCGGAAAAGCGCGGGCGUGACGUCACGGCGAGCGCGACUGAGGCGGCAGCAGUAGAGGCGGCCGGUUUGCCUGAGGAUGCUGCUCUGUGAUGCUUAUUGCACUCGAUUAGGGAUCGUUUCUCAGAAUCAAGGAGUUAGAAGUAAGCUUUCAGAUAAGUGAGGCCCCCAACAGUGCCAUUUUUCGACUCGGAAGGGGAAAAUGGAGCUGUCAGGAAUGAAAAAGAAGAGUUUGCUAGGCAUCAAAGAGAAUAAUAAAAAGUCCAGCACUAGGGCUCCCUCUCCAACCAAACGCAAGGACCGGACUGAAGAAAAAUCCAAAGACAGGUCCAAGGACAAACCAGCCACAAAGGAGUCAAGUGAAAAGGAUCGUGGGCGGGACAAAACUCGAAAAAGGCGCAGUGCUUCCAGUGGCAGCACUAGUACAAGAUCUCGGUCCAGUUCUACUUCCAGUUCGGGUUCCAGCUCCAGCACUGGCUCCAGCAGUGGGUCAAGCUCCUCUUCUGCAUCAAGCCGUUCUGGGAGCUCCAGCAGUUCCCGCAGCUCCAGUUCCAGCAGUUCUUCAGGCUCCCCGAGCCCUUCCAGGCGCAGGCAUGACAACAGGAGACGAUCUCGCUCAAAGUCUAAGCCACCCAAAAGAGAUGAAAAGGAGAGAAAGAGAAGGAGCCCAUCACCCAAACCCACCAAAGUACAUAUAGGGAGACUGACUAGAAAUGUGACCAAGGACCACAUCAUGGAAAUAUUUUCCACUUACGGAAAAAUAAAAAUGAUUGAUAUGCCGACCGACAGGCUCAAUCCACACCUCUCCAAGGGUUAUGCCUAUGUUGAAUUUGAGAAUCCAAACGAUGCAGAGAAGGCACUGAAGCACAUGGAUGGAGGACAGAUUGAUGGCCAGGAGAUAACUGCCACGGCUGUUUUGACGCCUUGGCCGAGGCCCCCGCUCAGGCGUUUCUCUCCUCCCAGAAGGAUGUUGCCACCGCCACCAAUGUGGCGCCGCUCUCCGCCUCGCAUGAGAAGAAGGUCCAGGUCUCCAAGGCGCCGGUCCCCUGUUCGGAGGCGAUCCAGGUCCAGAUCUCCAGGCCGAAGGCGGCACCGUAGUCGUUCCAGUUCUAAUUCUUCCCGAUGAAAGGCAGGACCGUGUCCGCUGCUUCUUCUUUCUUUCAUUUGUUUGUUCUUUUUUUCUUAAAAUUUUUCAAAAUAAAAGUGCAUCCAGUUUAAAAUUGUACCUUUAAAGGGUAAGGAAUGGGAGAGAAGGGAAACCGGGAAACAGAAAACUAACUAAUGUUGGUCCCAACCGGCAGUGAAUGAAGCUCCUUUCAUUGCCCAGAGUGAUUUUUAAGGGAGCUUUGAUUCUGUUGAGAUAGCUUUAUUUCAAAGUGACGCCUCUCUUCCCAUUCAUGGUCUCCUCUCUGUUUUUAAGACAGGUGAAGCCAAGAACGUUGCAAGUAAAAUUGAAAUGUAAGGAAGAUAUUUGAGAGUCAGAUUAAAACCUUUCAAAAUCUCAUAAUGUCCCUUCUCCCAGAUUUUAAAUACAUUUUUUUUGUUUUCACCKAAAGCAGAUGUUGAUUUGUCUACUAUGACAAACCUAACAAUAAAGUUUGCAGACAAACACAUAGAAGAGAAAAAACUCUUGCUGUCGUUUUUCAAACUUGAAAAAGGUUUUCUUGUAAGGUCUCUCUUUUGGUACAUGGUUCAUAAUAUUUCCCAUUUUGUCUGUAUGUAAAUACUGUAGCAGAUGUAAAGUAGAGAUGUGACUUCCCACACUCCUUUCUCUGGGGGAGUGGUGAUCAGAGACAAACAGGAGUGGCUUAGCUUGAGUUUGCUUAAACCUGCAAGAUUUUCAGCCUAAUGUACAGUCAUUAUUAUGAUGUUUUGAUUUUUUUAUUACUUUGUAGCAUCUUGUAAUCGGGUUGUGUUUGUACCUUAGAAUGGUAACAUUAAAUAAACCAGUGUGGUUUUGAAUACA